AUAUCAGAUACAUAUAUCGUAACUUCUAGUUUGCGGGUUGAUAACGUGAGAUAGUAACGAAAAUGCCGAAUUGGAAUCUUAUAGGAUCUCUAAUAUUUCCAAAUGUUGGAGGAUGGGUAGGUGCUGCGACCACCAUGGCAGGUCAGGUGUCGAACGGAAAAGGUAAUACCUGGUACGAAACUAUUAGGAAACCAACUUGGACUCCACCCAACUGGAUUUUCGGACCAGCUUGGACGGCUUUAUAUACAGGAAUGGGUUACGCAUCUUAUAUGGUUUAUGAAGAUUGCGGCGAUUUUAACGAGAAAGCUGUACUUCCACUAGCAUUGUAUGGAGGUCAAUUAGUAUUGAAUUGGAUGUGGACACCAAUAUUCUUCGGAAUGCAUAAAAUUGGCUGGGCAUUAAUUCACAUAUUAACUCUGGAUAUAGCAGCGGCUAUGUGUGCAGUCAGUUUCUUCAAAGUGAAUUCUAAUACUGCAUACUUUAUGACUCCGUAUCUUUGCUGGUUAGCAUUUGCUACAUGUCUGAACCAUUCCAUCUGGGAACUUAAUAAAGAUGACCCCAAACUGGAGUAAAUAAAGAUUGGUUAUUUGGAACAAUUUAAUCUACAUAAAUGUUUUAAUGUUCAAGCAAUUUUUUUUGGCUCAAUAGUUUAGGAACUA